AUGGCACCUAGCCUGAAAAAGGAGGUGACAGCUUUUGUAGCAGAAGAGAUAAGGGUCCCUUCUACGAACCUCCGAACAAGAAGCUUCCCUUUCAAGGACGUUAUGGGGAAUACAAUUUCAAAGCGCAGAUGGCCACCUGGAUUGAGCCAAUCACGGAGAAAGACGGAAAGCGGAUUAGCCAUUUUUCUCCAUGGAAGGAGGACUUUUAAUUUCUUAUUUAAUGCAAGGAGACUCGUUCAAGGACGGUCAUGGAGCCCCACAAUGAGCGGAGCGUCCCAAAUUUCUUUCUUUUGGACUCUUCCACGCGGGAUUCAAGUGCGUUUGUUGGAGACUGGGGACUAA